AUGUCACACGAAGGUGAAGAAGAUUUAUUAGAAUAUUCUGAUAAUGAACAAGAUAUUCAAGUUGAUGCUUCCAAAGCAGCUGAACCAUCUGAAUUAGAUGCUACUACUGCUGAAGAUGCCUCCAAUGGUGAUGCCGAAAAGAAGGGUUCUUAUGUUGGUAUUCAUUCAACUGGUUUCAAAGAUUUCUUGUUGAAACCUGAAUUGGCAAGAGCCAUUAUCGAUUGUGGUUUCGAACAUCCUUCUGAAGUUCAACAACAUACUAUCCCACAAUCUAUCCAUGGUACUGAUGUUUUAUGUCAAGCCAAAUCUGGUUUGGGUAAGACCGCCGUCUUCGUAUUAUCUACUUUGCAACAAUUGGACCCCGUUCCAGGUGAAGUUUCUGUUGUUGUUAUUUGUAAUGCAAGAGAAUUGGCUUAUCAGAUUCGUAAUGAAUAUUUAAGAUUCUCAAAAUAUAUGCCAGAUGUCAAGACCGCUGUCUUCUAUGGUGGUACUCCAAUUAAUAAGGAUGCCGAAUUGUUGAAGAACAAGGAAACUGCUCCACACAUUGUUGUCGCUACCCCAGGUCGUUUAAAGGCUUUGGUUAGAGAUAAAUUAAUUGACUUAUCUCAUGUCAAGAACUUCGUCAUUGACGAAUGUGAUAAAGUAUUAGAAGAAUUAGAUAUGAGAAGAGAUGUCCAAGAUAUUUUCAGAGCUACCCCAAGAGACAAGCAAGUGAUGAUGUUUUCUGCUACAUUAUCUGAAGAAAUCAGACCAAUCUGUAGACGUUUCUUACAAAAUCCAUUGGAAAUUUUCGUUGACGAUGAAGCUAAGUUGACCUUACAUGGUUUACAACAAUACUACACUAAACUACAAGAAAAUGAAAAGAACCGUAAAUUAGCCCAAUUAUUAGAUGACUUAGAAUUUAACCAAGUUAUCAUUUUCGUCAAAUCCACCAAGAGAGCAAAUGAAUUAACCAAGUUGUUGAAUGAAUCUAAUUUCCCAGCUAUUACUGUUCACGGUCAUAUGAAACAAGCUGAACGUAUUGCUCGUUACAAGGCUUUCAAAGAAUUUGAAAAGCGUAUCUGUGUAUCUACUGAUGUCUUUGGUAGAGGUAUUGAUAUUGAACGUAUCAACUUAGCCAUCAAUUACGAUUUAACCACCGAAGCUGAUCAAUAUUUACAUCGUGUUGGUAGAGCUGGUAGAUUUGGUACCAAAGGUUUGGCCAUUUCUUUUGUCUCUUCUCCAGAAGAUGAAGAAGUCUUGGGUAAAAUCCAAGAACGUUUUGACGUUAAAAUUGCCGAAUUCCCAGAAGAAGGUAUUGAUCCAUCUACUUACUUGAACAACUGA